GAAUGACAGAAGCCCUGGUCGGACCUUAGUUUCCAUUUUACUUCUAAAGUGAUGCGUGGCAUCAUGAUGUAAGAUGCAAGUGCAACUAAUCUGUAGACAAUAUUAUCAACUGUACCAUGGCGAGUUCUCAAGAGGACGAUCUAGUGGCAAAAACGUAUUCAAAAAUGAAAGAAGUUGAAGAAACCUUCGCACAUCUUGAAAAGGCUUCUGUGCCAUCUAUACCAGUGAUAGGAACUUUUGCCGAGGGAGAUGAUAAUAUGCCCGAAUUGUGUCCAAAAAUUCUCGCUGCAAGAUUCAGAAGAAUCAAGGCAGAAUUAAAUGUUGUACACAGUUCGCCAAUGACCUACAUUGCUGAUGAAGAAGAAGUGCAAUUUGAAAUAUUUACAAAGGAACUUGAGAAAGAUGUUUUAGAAUUGCAAGAGACAUAUUCUUUUGUGUGCGGACAAAACAAAGACAUUGAUAAUAUGAUAAGAAAAGAGGAAGAAAUACUGGAGCAGAACAAAUGUGUAUCAGAAAUGCUUCAGAAUAAACUUCAGAAUCCAGAGGAAGAAUGUGAAAGCGUACCGGAUCGUCAGAAAGAGGAGAUUUAUAAAAAAAUUCAGAAAGGAGAACGCUAUCUGAAGGAGGUUGUGAAAAAACUUGGGUUAUUUGUUGACAAACAUUUUCCAUUGCCAUCACAAGAGGUGUUUUCAGAGCAAAUGAAAAAGUUACGAUCAACAGAUCGUAAAUUGAAACUGCGCGACAUGAUAUCAUUAAAACAGAUAUUAGAAAGCCUCAUGAACAAGUGUGUGGAUGAACCAAGUGACCCUUACAUUACCAUGGAUCAUCGAUUUUGGCCACCUUACAUUGAACUUUUGAUCACAUGUCAGAUUGCUGUACGACAUCCAGACAACAAAGACAUGAUCAAAUUAUCACCGUUUCAUCUCUGAUUGCAGUUUCAUUUUAACAGUUUCUUACAUGUAACUUUAUUAUUCAUAUUAGCUCACCUGUUUGAUGGCAAUGGAGUUAAUGCCAGAUGUCUGUCUGUCUAGUUUAAACUUAUUCCUGAUAAAAUAAAUCCUAUUUAGCUAA